UAAGACGGUCACACUUUGGGGCGUGUUUGUAAACUAUUCCAGUUCGCAUUUAAUUUAGUAAGACGGUGGAAGAUAUUUAACGCAAAAGAAAUGGGGCCGUUCAACUACAGCACGCAAGUGGCUCUCUGCGUAUCCGUGUUUUCCGUAAUUCUCUUCGUUAUCGCGUUUUCAACUCCCUAUUGGUUGGUCACAGACGGGCGUUCAAAAGAUCCAAGACUUACUAACCUGGGCCUAUGGGAAGUUUGUUUUAACAACUUCCAGGACAUACACCGAUUUUUUGACAAUCGCUUUAACGGUUGCAAGUGGGUUUUUGAAGAGGAAUUUUACAUCAUUCACGACUUUCUUCUGCCUGGUUUCUACAUAUGUGUACAACUUUUUGCAACACUGUGCUUUGUUAUGUGCCUAAUUGCCCUGCUACUGACUGUAGUAUUCCUUCGCACUUCUCGCGAUGAUGACCGAUACAUUGUGCUGCUGCUGACGAUUGGCUCAUGCCAAGUUGUGGGCUCAGUGUUUGGAUUUAUUGCUGUGGUAGUUUUCGGGGCCAAGGGAGACUCUCGCGAUUGGAUGCCAGGAUGGCAAAACAAUGAUAUGGGUUGGUCAUUUGCAUUGGGCGUGGUUGGAGCUGUGCUGUUAUUGCCUCCUGGUGUGCUUUACAUGGUGGAAGCACGGCGGGAGAGAUAUAAGCGUCUAAACGAAAUUGGCAAUCGGGAAGUCAGUGAAUACGGAGAUGACUACUAUCAGAACCAGGCACACGUCGCGGCUAUUCCGUGUGCUUCAUCGCAAUCUCACAAUUAUUUUGCAUCUGAGCCAAUUCGUCCACGACGUCCAGAAUCCGCACAAGGAAGAAUUCAAACCGAUAUAUAGCAUUACAAAACUAGAGAGUAUGGAUUCCUAAAACUAUAAUUUUUCCGUCCACUUGAAAAAUCGAAUAUUGCAUAUAUUUUUGUAAGAUAAAUAGUGAAAUAAAUAAUUUGUGAACAAUUCUAUUCGAAAUAAAAUCAGUUUAUAUUUCACCUUUACAA